CUUCCCAGGGGGGCAGUAGUCUCUGGACUGUUGUUUACAUGCGCAGCUCUAACACUAGCCCGCCCAACCGUAGAAGAAGAAAGAAAGCGGAAGUGUGCGGGAGGUUUAAAUCGUCCCGCUUGAGAGGUGAAAGGUUUAUGCCGCUGCUGUUACGUGCGUGAAGUUUGAGGAUCUUCAAACGUCUUAAAAUGUCGCUGGAAAGGCCCCUUCAGGAGCUCCCUCUCUUGACCGAAGAUCUCGAGGUCUCCCUGCUUGCCUCACAGAAAAGUAAACGGCAGAAACGACUCCACGUUGCAUGUCUCGAUGCCGAAAACACUCCACAGGAACUAAUUCAGAACUGGUCGCCACCUCAUAAACACCCACGGGUUACAGACAAGGGUAAAGAAAACGUGUUCGUUUUGGCAAGGCGGCCCAGAAGGCGGAAAGACUCUAUAGGUGCAUGCUGGGACCUUCUUCCUGAUGAGCUGCUGCUGAGGAUCCUUUCCUGCCUCUCCCUGCGUGAUCUGCUUCGGACCUCCCGGAUCUGCAAACGUUGGCACCAGCUCGCGUUUGAUGAGUCUCUCUGGCAGAGUGUGGAUCUGGAGGGAAAGGUUCGACUUGGCUCUGCUCUUGGCCAGGUGCUGUCUGCCGGUACUCUGACACUACGAUGCCCACACACUUCUAUUGGAGAGCCAUGCUUUACCCAUAAAGAACAGCUGCGGGUUCAGCAUAUGGACCUCUCUGGCUGCACCGUCUCCCCUGAGGUCAUUAAUGACGUAAUUUCCCGCUGCACCCAGCUCCAGAACCUGAGUCUGGAAGGGCUUGUUCUUUCAGAUGGCAUUCUACAGUCUAUUGCACGAAAUCCACAGCUGGGGCGCCUCAACUUAAGUGGUUGUUCAGGAUUCUCCUCUGAAACACUGGCCAACAUGCUUCAGUCCUGCACACGGCUGACCGAGUUGAACGUGUCCUGGUGUGACUUCAGCAACGAGCACGUGAAGGCCGUGGUGAGCGACGUCACCCCCUCCAUCUCCCAACUCAACAUCAGUGGCUACCGGCAGAAUCUCACCAUGGAGGAUGUCCGGAGCCUGGUGGAGAGGUGUCCCAACAUUGUCAAUCUGGACCUCAGUGAUAGCGUUCUAGUGACGACAGACAGUUUCCCUGUCCUGCAGCAGCUGCCGUCCCUCAGACAACUAGGCCUGAGCCGCUGCUAUCAGAUCCACCCAGCAGCACUGCUUGACUUUGAGCGGUUUGAGGGGCUGCAGACGUUGGAGGUGUUUGGCCUGGUGCAAGACAACCACUUGACGGCACUGAUGAAGGAGCUGCCGAAACUGCGCAUAAACUCUCAGCGCUUCAGCAACAUAGCCAGGCCAUCUCCCUCAGGCCGAGGCGGGGGAUCCAUGUGGGGACUCACUUGCCGUCUCGUCUACAAGCUCUAGUACUUCCAGCUCAAAGGUGACGAGAGUGGGAGUUUAACAAAUGGACCAAAACCUUAGCUCGCCUAGUUAAGGUUGACGCAAGGACUUGAAAGGGAUUAAUAUGGUUUUAUCGAUGGUACCAAAAAAACUGUUUUAAUUGGGUAAAUGUCAUUCCAGAUCGUGUUUUUAGAGCGGUUUUCACUGGGCUACAGAUAGAAAACAUUUUACACCAGUUUUACAGCGAUUUAACCAUGUUAACUUUUUAACGAAAUUUUAAGUUUGUUUUAGUGGAUAUGUUCAAAAUAUCCAACGUUGUUACUUUACUGUUGUUGCCGUCAAAAAGAUGAUUUAUAUAUUUUUAGCACACAUCCCUACUGGCUUUUUUAAAACGUUAAUCUGUUCUGCCCUGAUGUGUUCGACAAUCUAAGAAAUCAGUGUCCUGGUGGAGAUGUUCCACUGCUUGUGUUCAAACUGCCUUUACUAUUUAGAACACUAGCGGUGUGUGAAAUUCCUUGCUGCUUAAAGAAAUACCCAGGGAAGCAUUCCAAAAAUUGUCCUUGAAUGAGGUGCUAUGUGUUCAAAAGAUUGUGAAAGAAAUUGCCAGUUGCAGUUGUACAGCGCACUCUUGUCAACUGUUUAACAUGUCAGCUUGUAGUAGAAUGUAAUUUUAUCAUACCUGGGUUUAUUUGAUGUAGGGAACAUGGAUCAUUUGAGAAAUGAACCUCUGAAAAGUGCAUUGUGCUGCAAUACUGCUGACAAGUUACAUGCAAAGUCGUUGUUGCCAUUAAUUUUACAAGAACUGAUUGUAUUUUGUUGACUUCAUGAAGUUCAUGUCAAUGUAAAUAAACUUUUUCUACAUAUUGUA